AGCAGUGUGUGUAUAUAAACUGCUGUUGAAGUCGAGUCCGAUCAUCAUCUGACCCGAUCAGACGAACUUCUCUCCAUCUGAAAGUGACCUCAGUGAAAACUUUGACCUUUGACCUUUUGCCAUCAUGGCUCUUCGAACCAAUACAUCCUACAGGGGGCGCUACAACGGGCCGGUGCCAACCUCCAACCUUCUGAACGAUGCCGAGGAUUUUCCAGUAUUUGAACCUUUUGAAGGUGGUUCUGGUGCAGAAGUCGCUCCCAGAUCAUAUGCACCUGGGCAAGGGUCUCUGUCGGUGGUGGACGGUGGUGUCGACAUGUGUCAGCAGGUAAACGAGCCCAACCACCAAACAGCUGCCUAUGACACCCCCUGCCUGGUGGUCCGACGCGGUCAGGAGUUCUUGAUGCGCGUCACCUUCAACCGACAGCUGGCUGAAGGAGACGACUUCCAGGUCGAGUUCCUGAUUGGCUCCAACCCGUCAGCCAGUAAGGGCUCGAUGAUGGUGGUGACCUUUGGCUCCCGUCCUGGUGGUGGAUGGGCGGGGAAGAUUCUGGACAUGCAGGACACGACGGUGACACUGAGCAUCACGCCCACAGCCGACGCCAUCGUGGGGAAGUAUCGUACUUAUGUCGCCAUAGACGCCGGCAGCGGCAUGCAGCGCACUGCGAGGGACGCCAACACCGACCUGUACAUGCUGUUCAACGCCUGGUGUCCAGAGGACGCUGUGUUUCUGCCUGAUGAAUCAGGACGGAGGGAGUACGUCCUCAAUGACUACGGAGUGAUCUUCCAGGGUUCAGUUGGAGCUGUAUCAUCCCGAGGCUGGAUGUAUGGACAGUUUGAGCAAGGUAUUUUGGAUGCCUGUAUUUACAUCCUGGAUUCAUCUCAGAUGCCCAUCUAUGAUCGUGGCAACGCCAUCAAACUGGUCAGGAAGGGAUCUGCUAUGAUCAACUCUCAGGACGAUAACGGUGUGCUGGUGGGGAACUGGAGUGACGACUACUCGAUGGGCACCGCCCCGACGCUGUGGACGGGCAGCGUGAAGAUCCUGCUGGAGUACGCCAACACCGGUGUCCCUGUCUGCUUCGCCCAGUGCUGGGUGUUCGCUGGAGUCUUUAACACCUUCCUGCGUUGCCUCGGCAUCCCUUCAAGGGUCAUCACCAACUUCAGCUCAGCUCAUGACAACACGGGCAACCUGAAGACCGACCUCAUCUUCAAGCCUGAUGGCACGCCGGACAGACGCAACACCAGGGACUCCAUCUGGAACUACCACUGCUGGAACGAGGUGUACAUGGUACGUCCUGACCUGCCGCCCGGUCUCGAAGGAUGGCAGGUGGUGGACGCCACGCCCCAGGAGACUAGUGAUGGACAUUUUCGCUGUGGUCCGGCCUCGAUCGCUGCCAUCAAGGAAGGUCUGCUGUGCCACCCGUUUGAUUCUGGCUUCGUGUUCGCAGAGGUGAACAGUGACGUGGUCUUCCAUAAGAGGGAUCGCUACGGGACUCUGACUCCGUACAGGGUGGAAAAGGCUGUGAUUGGACAGUCUAUUUGCACCAAGGCUGUAGGCAGCGAUGCAGUACAAGACAUCACACACACCUACAAGUACCCUGAAGGUAGCGCACAAGACAGCCAAGUUAUGGCCCGAGCAGAGGAAUACGGCUGUCAGAGGGAUCACUCUGAGCUGUCCGAUGGCGAGGUGACAGUCACCGUCAACUGUGAACAGGUCGCGAUGGGUCAGGACGUGAACCUGAUCGUGGAUUUCCAGAACCUCGGGGAACUUCCCAAAACGGUCCAAGCUCACCUGGCCGGGUCGGUCGUCUUCUACACUGGAAUCACAGCCAAUCAACUCCAAGACAAGGACUUCACUGUCACUGUGCCAGCCCAGCAGACGGAGCGUGUGAUAUUGAAGACCACAGCUCAGGAGUACCUGCCUCGCCUGGGUGCUCAGCAGUGCCUGCACUUCAUUUUGACUGGGCAGUAUGACGACCAAUCAUUGAGCGCCAUCAAGUUGGUCGACCUGCUGGCACCGGCCCUCACCCUCGAGGUGAGCGGCCGGCCUCAGGUGCAGCAGGAGAUGUUUGUGACCGUUUCCUUCACCAACCCCUUCAACUUCCCUCUGCAGAACGUCGGCCUGGCCAUGGAAGGAUCUGGACUCAUGAACUACAGGACACGUUACUACAGUGGCAUUGAUCCUCAGGCUAAGAUCUCCUGGAAAGAGUCGUUCUACCCUCGUCUUUGGGGAACCAGACGCCUCUGGGCGGUGAUGGCCUGCAGCAACCUGCAUCAGGUGUUUGGACAGGCUGAUAUCGAAAUCAGUUCCUGAGAGGAUUGGUUCACAGAGUUGUGACCCCGCCCACCAUGUCUCCACCAAUCACAGCAGCUUCAGGCGGAGUGGGCGGAGCCAAGAAUCAGCGCAAAAUGACUUCUUUGUUGAAUUGUUUGCUUGUUUGACUUCAUGUACACAACAGCAGAAAAUCUAAUUUCUAAAUAGUUUAAAUAGUUUAAAAUCAGCACCGACAGUUUAGCGAGUUUAGUGAGGGGGCUAAAGGGUCAAAGGUCACAGCAUUCUUUAAGUAUUUGACACUAGAACAACUGCAUAGAAGAAAUAAGAUCUUUGCAAGUCAUUAGGUACUUUUCUAAUCAGGGAAAUUUGAGGAAUUAGAGUAAAACGUGAAAAUCAUAUUUAAGAUUCACAAAACACGUUGAUAUCAAAGAGCAAACUGGAAACAUAAGAAAACUUUUUUUUUUUAAAGCAACAAACAUUUGGUUUCAGUGUAAACAGACACAUUAUUCCAGUUACUAUGAGUUUUACAUUGAAAUUCAGUUUUAAGUCUGGCUGUAAUCUGACUCACAUCUGAUUUUUAGUGCAUGAAAAAUAACCUGAUGAUGCACUUUCUGCCGAUAUAUCAGCCUCCGCUCUUCUGGUUUCAAACUUUUCACCAAAUUUUGCAAGAAAAAAUAAUAUAAGAUCAGCUGAGUAGUCUCUCCUGGUCCAACACUAGCUUCUAUUUCCAAACAAGACAAAACUAAACCAGUGCAACGUGAAAAUACAAAAUAACUAAAUACAACAUUUACAUAUUUGUGUCUCAAGCGGUAAACAGCAAACUGUAGAUGACAAUUUGUCUCCCAAAAUGAAUCUAGAUUUAAACAAAUUGAGGUUUAUGUCAGGAUGUUUUAAUUUUAUAUCGAUGGUUUAGUCACAUAUUGACAAAAUCUCUACUUUUUACAAAAAAUUGAGUCAUUAAAAAAGCUAAAUUUGGACUCAGACAAAAAGCAGAAGUCAGAUCAGUCAGAGUGAGUUUGACAGCAGAUCUCCUGCGUCAGAUCUCUUCUCUGACAGAAUGAGUCAUUAUAAAAUAUUAAUCAAUCAUAAUACCUGUCGAUCAAUAGACGCCACCGUCAGUGAGGCAGAGCUGACAGUGACGAGGCCCGGCGGAGCCGUCAGACUCAGUUUGACGACGGACGGCGACGACACGAAGAAAAAAUGUUUAAUUUCUGUCUGUUUUUGGAUAAAAUCAAAUGUGAUUGUCACCUAUUUUUUCUUUGC